AUUAUUUGGAUGAAAACCGGAACCGCUCUUUAAUCCAAGACGACGCGUCGCAACUCUCCUGUAUUCAGGGACGACACCAUUAGCUCUUAUGGAUUGCGGAACUUAGCAUCCGGAUCGAUCCCCCGCGACCCGCAAACGCCACACAUCCCGCAGAAGCGUUCCAUCGAUCGUUCGAAAAAUCUGCCACUCAUACAUGAAGGUCACGACUCGCCAAAAAGUUGUUCCAAAUUUUUGAGACCGGUUUUGACAACAACAUUGCGCCUCGGCUGAUGCCUAGACUCGACCAGGCGACCGGAAGUCGACCUUUCCACCACACGCAUCCUGGGACCGGGGAGUAUCAAGGCGGAGCUUUGCCGUCGUUCGGAGAGGUUUUGUUUUGGUCAACAGGCUCGAAGUCAUCACCACUACAAAACGAACACGACGGUAAAUUUGAUCAACAGGAACCCGUAUUGACGCAUCCAUAUCUUGGAAACCACUCUACCGGUAUCUUCACAUCGAUUCCCUACGUUUCGGACAGAUGCGCUUGCCUUGCAAUGAUGCUCCAUCCACUGCUCUACAUUCGACAAAGUUUCUCAAUUCCCCAUGCUCCGGGCAUACAACCUCUGCCACCACCCCGUCUCUUUGACGAAUCUCGAGCCGCAGAUAUCGUAGCCGGAAAUGUCCUCCUUCAGCUUGUGGGAACUCUGUUCUUCGUUUUGCGAAUAUACUCUCGCCUAUGGCUAACCAAGUCCUGGAAAGUAGAGGACUCUCUCCUUACGAUUGCAUGGGUGUUCGCUACCGCCUUCAGUACAUGCCAAUACGGCCAAGUCGCCCACGGUGCCGGUCACCAUCUCGGCGUCGUCCUGCACAAUGACCCUAAGGACGCUGUGGAAAGCCAGAAGUGGGCCUACGCCGCCAACCUCAUCCUCUUCCCCGCGCUUGCAUUCCCCAAACUCAGCAUCUGCGAUGCGUACUCCCGCAUCUUCGGCGAAAGCCUCAUGAACCGCCGCAUGAUCUACGCCCUGAUCGUCCUUGUCGCAAUCCCUAAUAUCCCUUUCUUUUUCCUAAGCGUCUUCCAAUGUACGCCGAUACAUGUGUACUGGACCGAAGGCCGCCCGUUCGAGAAGUGCCAUCUCAUCGACUUCAAGAUGUUCUACAUCCACGGAGGUCUGAAUAUCUUCUGCGACGUCGCGCUCAUGAUAAUCGUCAUGCCGCGUGUGCUAGAGCUGCAUGUCGGCCGUCGGCAAAAAUGGGCUUUGGUCGGAAUAGUAGGGCUGGGUUCGCUGGCUGUUAUCGCUGGUAUCGUGCGGAUGACUCGCCUUUCCCUGACAUUGUCGAAGCCCAACUUCGAUGCUAGCUGGGACGCAUACGAUGUCUCCAUCUGGACCUCAACUGAAAUCUACGUCAGCUUGAUAUGCGCUGCUGCCCCGGGCAUCAAGCCAGUGGUUUCUCUUGUGCUUCCGAAACUACUUGGGUCUUCGCUUGGGAGUCGGGCGCGCACCACGACUGGAGAUGGACAUGGUGGUGCUGCACCGAUUGAGCUGCAUUCAAAGAUGAGAAGAGCGACUAUCGGCAGCGCAAGAACGAGGAGAAAUACGCACGAAAGUAUCCUAGACGAAGCAGAUGGACCAUAUGCGGAAGUCGGCAGAGGUGUCGAUACGGAGUCGCUGGGUUCAAAAGAAGUCAAACCCGCAAGACGACACACGAAGAAGGUGUCAGAGAUACUGAUCAUACAAUCGAACGCUGUGUGAAAUGGGACUUGAGGAC